UUAAGUUUGCCUGCAAAGAAGAAAAGUAUCAACUAUGGCGGGGUUGUCAAGUGUGAUGAAAUUAGCCACUUCCCUUGUUUGUUUAAUUUUGGUAGCAUCGUGGACGGCUUCUGCAGCUCUUGUCUACCACAAAUUCACCAUUGGAACACAGAACGUGACUAGAGUGUGUAACACGCAGACGAUCGUGACAGUGAAUGGACAGUUUCCUGGCCCAACUAUAGAGGUUCAGGAAGGUGAUAAUCUUGUUGUUGAAGUGGACAACAAUGGGCCGUAUAAUGUGACUAUACACUGGCAUGGGGUAAAGCAGUUGAAAUCCUGCUGGGCAGACGGACCCGCCUACAUAACGCAGUGUCCCAUUACUCCUGGGAAUAAGUUCACCUACAACUUUACAAUCACAGAACAGGAAGGGACGCUGUGGUGGCAUGCACAUAUCUCAUAUCUGAGAGCCACUGUGCAUGGAGCAUUGGUCAUCAAACCCCGGGCUGGAAAGGCUUAUCCUUUUCCCAAACCGGACAAUGAGAUUCCCAUUAUUCUGGGUGAAUGGUGGAAUGCGAAUGUGGAAGAUGUAAUAGCAGAUGCCAUUGCAACAGGAACUGUACCAGCAAACUCCGACGCAUACACCAUUAACGGCCAGCCAGGAGACUUUUUCAAUUGCUCUGCCAAUGAUACUAGCCGUAUUUCGGUUGAGAGUGGAAAAAGGUACCUGCUGAGGAUUGUACAUGCUGGCAUGCUUCAUGGAUCCUUCUUCAAGAUUGCGCAGCACAAUAUGACUGUCGUGGCAGUGGAUGCCGUGUAUACCAAACCAUAUACAACUGAUGUGCUGCUCAUACAGCCAGGUAACACCAUGGAUGUGCUCAUAACAGCUGAUCAGCAGUUAGGGCAGUAUUACAUUGGCACCCGCGUAUACAACAGCCAGCCAGGAAGGACUGAAUACUUAAAUACCACUGCAACAGCAAUAUUGGAGUACAAAGGCAACGACAAAACAUCUGCAUCUGCUCCUCUCUUGCCCAACUUUCCUGCAUAUGAUGAUACGGCUACCGCAUUCAACUUCAGUACAGCCCUGAGAAGCCUGGGGUCCUCUGUCCCACAGACUGUUGAUGAGGAGAUGUUUAUAACAGAGGGAUUCGGACUCGUUCCAUGUAUGGACAAUUCUUGCACAGACGACAAUGGUGUAAGGCCCGUUGGAAGUUUUAAUAACAUUUCAUUCGUGGACCCUGAGAUAAGCAUAUUACAAGCUUAUGAUAAUGGCACCGAUGGAGUGUUUACCAAAGAUUUCCCAAGUAAUCCUCCUCAGGCAUUCAAUUACACUGGAAAUGUUCCACUGAGUCUUUGGACCCCCGAGUUGGGGACAAAAGUUAAAGUUUUGAAGUUCAAUAGUACUGUUCAAAUAGUGUUUCAGAACACUGCAAUUAUUACAUUGCAGAACCAUCCCAUACACCUUCAUGGGCAUGAUGUUUAUCUUGUGGGACAAGGCUUUGGUAACUAUAAUUCCCAAACGGAUCCUGCAAACUUCAAUCUGGUGAAUCCUCAGAUGUUGAACACUGUUGGAGUUCCUACUGGAGGGUGGGCGGCCAUUAGAUUUGUAGCCAACAAUCCAGGAGUUUGGUUGAUGCAUUGUCAUUUUGAAUCUCAUUCUGCAGUUGGUUUUGCUAUGGUAUUUCUCACCGAGGACGGGCCCGGAAAUUCAGGCAAAUUGCCGCCGCCUCCUUCUGAUCUACCGAAAUGUUAGAUGGAUUUCUUCAUUGUUAAAACCUGUAAUUCCAACAUAUCACUCACUUGUAGACGACUGCAAACAAGUUUGUAGACGCUCACAAAAAUUCAAAAUUACAGCUGUCAUGACAGCCU